CAGAGUAUAUGAAAGAAAGACAUUCAGACAGUUUGAAAGAGUGUGUGUGUGUUUCACUGUGAGAAAUUAGUGGUUGUGCAGAAGAAUCAGCGAUGAGGAAGUGCUUGUAUCUUUUGUCUGUUGUGUUUCACAUGGCUGCAGGCUGUGAGCUGGUGAAGAAGACAGCAAUAGAGAAGGUGACUGGGUUCACAGGAGAGUCUGUAGUUCUGCCCUGCGUCUGCACUGACAUUCAUCACAACCCAAGCUCUGUAAAAUGGGAGUUUAAUAAAAAGGAAUUUGGGAAAGAUCAAGAAAUUUACCCUAAACUGACUGGACAUCACAGAAACAGAGUGAAACUGGUCAGUAAAAACUCUCCAGGAAACCUCUCUCUACUCAUAUCAGACCUGACUGAAGAGGACCAGGGAAUCUACACAUGUUUUGUACAGGCGGAAAAAAGAGAUUUAAUACUCUUUGUUGAAGUAAAAAGAGGAACUUCAGUGCCAUCAAGGAAAACACAGACAACACCUCCGUCAGAACAACCUCGGAGGAAAGAAACGUCAACCGCUACACCUACAUCAUCCUCAACAACACAAGUAGGAAGAAGAGAAACUUCAAUGCAAUCGAGAAAACCAGACACAACACCUCCAUCAGAGCAGCCUCAGAGUAAAUCAACAACUUCGCUUCCUGCAUCAUCGUCAACAACACAAGGCUGUGUUCUUUCUGUUAAAAAUCACACAGAAAUCACACAACACAAAGGUGGUUCAGUGCUGUUACCCUGCUCCUGCUCUGACCUGCUCUCCAAACCUCAGAAAUUCACCUGGAUGUUCUUUAGACCAGGACAGUGGACUGAAUUAAAUAAUAAACACUACCGUGGCAGAUAUCAGCUGUUUAAUUACACUUCUCCUGCUAAUCUGUCACUACUCAAAUCUGACCUAAGAGAAGAAGAUCAGGGAGUCUACAGGUGCAGCACUGAGAAGGAACACAGAGACUUCACUCUUUAUGUUAAAGGCUGUGAGCUGGUGAAGAAGACAGGGGUAGAGAAGGUGACUGGGUUCACAGGAGAGUCUGUAGUUCUGCCCUGCGUCUGCACUGACCUACAGAACGACCCGAUGAGAGUAACAUGGGAGUUUAAUAAAAACAAUCACUCUCAGGAGAUUUACUCUAAACAGACUGGACAUCACAGUAACAGAGUGAAACUGGUCAGUAAAAACCCUCCAGGAAACCUCUCUCUCCUCAUAUCAGACCUGACUGAAGAGGACCAGGGAAUCUACACAUGUUCUGCACAGGCCGAUUUCAGAGAUUUGAGACUGUCUGUUAAAGUAGGAAGAAGAGAAACUUCAACACAGUGGAAGAAACCUGACACAGCACCUCCUUCAGAACAUCCUCAGAGUAAAACAACAAAGUCUCAACCUGCAUCAUUCUUAAAAACACCAGAACAAGUUUUCGGCAUUGUGGCAGUUUUAAUGUUGGUAAUACCCGGUGUAGUGGCGUUUAUUUGUUGGAGACGCAAAGGAGGAAAAUGUGGAGAGAAAGUGAUUACUGAAGGAUGUCCAUAUCAUAAAGGAAAUCAGAAGGAUGAGAUUUUGUCUGAAGAUGCUUCAUUUACUACUGUCACUUACACCUGCUAUGCUACUGACCCACAUUAACACAGCCGGAGCAGCAGAUGUUCAGGUCGUCAGUGUAGAGGAAACUGAUUAUGCCAAAAUUUUGACAAAUAAAUCCACAGUAAAUGCACACACGUUCUCAUGUAUAACAUUAAAAAAAAUCAUUAUUAUGGAAGGCACAAAAUUCACAGAAUUCAUUUCAAUUUGAACUUUGAUCAUGUGUAAUAUUAAAUAGUUUUAGGCCAUUUGCAUGUGUUUUACAUUUUUUUUAUGUUAGCUAAGGGUAAUGUUCUGCAUUCACUGUAAUCUUUAAACAUUGCUGAUUAAUAAUCUUUUAAAUUAUAUUUUAAAUGUAUGUGCCAUUUAUUUCUUAUGUGUAACAUUUUUUUAUAUCACGUUCAGAAAUGAACAUUCCAGAAGGCUGUUACCAUCAUACUAAUACAGAAGUUCUUGUUUGUGACUUGUGAUUAAAAAUAAAAGAAGAACGAUUGUUGAAUCUGA